AUGGCUCAGGUGACAUUGCUUUUGUUUGUAGAUAUCUCUAAUGGUACUGUCCUUAAGUGCAUCAAGAAAAAGCUUGCUGGACGAGCUGCACCAGUCAAAACAACUUUUGGCGGCCGAUCACAUUGUCCAUCAGAAGAAAGCGACUUAUUUGAACCAAUCACCAGCUGCAUUGCUCCUCCACGACCGCAUACUCCUCCUCUUGAUUACAGCAGCAGUAGCUCAGACGAAUCCAGCGCGUGCAGUAUUGUUGAACGUUGGGUAUCUGACACUUCAAGCAUUUACACCGACGAUGACGAAAAACCUUCCGCUCAACUCUCUCUGCCAUAUUACGAGCGAUUGUUACCUCAACAUAGAGUCCAACAGCUGGCUUGGAACGACACAGCAACCAUUAUCAUUCCAACGUGGCCCAAAUCAAAGUACGACCGAUCUCCCCAUCCACACACCACAUAUCUACAUUUGACACCGCUUCAUACAGAGCAAAUACGAAAGGAAUUGAACGAAUAUAAGAAGAAUGAGAUGUCAGUGCAUAGCGACAGUAGAAUGCACACUGCAUGGCAUUGA